AUGGACAAUGCAUCGCACUUCCACGACAAAACUAUCGAGACCGUCAAACGCAAUUUUUAUGUCGACGAUUGUUUGAAAUCAGUUCGCGACGAAGAAGAAGCAAUCAAACUUUCGAAGGAAUUACGCGAAUUACUAUCACUAGGAGGAUUUAAUCUCACGAAGUGGUUGUCCAAUUCUCGAAGGGUCAUUGAAUCUUUGCCGGAAGCAGAAAGAGCAGCUCAAGUCAAAGAUUUGGAUUUCGACAAGGUUCCAAUAGAAAGAGCGCUAGGCGUCAGGUGGAACGUGUCUUCAGACACGUUCGGCUUUGCAAUCGUGAUUAAGGAUCGACCGGCAACGAAAAGAGGAAUACUAUCGAUCGUCAGUUCUAUUUACGACCCCCUCGGAUUCGUUGCUCCUUAUAUUCUUUCGGCAAAAUUGAUCUUACAAGAACUUUGUCGAUUAAAGCUCGACUGGGACGAUAAGAUUCCUGAUGAAAAUCUUAAACACUGGCAAGCAUGGCUACAUGAUCUACCUCAACUUGAAAAUUUAGCUGUAGAACGUUGCUUCAAACCAGCUACAAUGAAUGACAUCAAAUCAACACAACUUCACCACUUCUCUGAUGCCUCGCAGCAAGGUUAUGGAGCUGUGUCCUAUAUUAGAAUCGAAGACAUAUCGGGAAAUGUCAAAUGUUCGUUCGUGAUGGGAAAAUCCCGACUUGCGCCUAUGAAGCCAGUAACGAUACCCCGAAUGGAGUUAUCAGCGGCUGUAGUGUCUACGAAGCUCGACAAGAUGUCAAGAAAUGAAUUGAGCUUGCCUACCGAUCAAUCUUUCUUUUGGACUGACAGCACUUGUUUUUUGCGCUACAUUGAAAACACGACCAAGCGAUUUCAGACGUUUGUCGCAAAUCGAAUAGCGACAAUACAUGAUGCAUCGACCCCCAAGCAAUGGAAUUACGUGGACACUUGUUCAAAUCCUGCGGAUGACGCAUCAAGAGGCGUGCCGGCAGACUCUCUUCUGCGAUGGAUCAAGGGUUCCGAUUUCCUUACUAAGCCACCCGGAGAAUGGCCAAAGAGACCUGAAGAUCUGGGAUCAACCACGGCGGUCCUAGACGACGACCCCGAAGUGAAGCACGGUUCGUUUGUUUGCGCUGCCAGCAUAGCGCACGUUUCUAAGAAACAGUUUACGGAUCAACUAAUUGAAAGGUUUUCAUCGUGGAGCAGAUUAAGAAGAGUAUUCGCCCUUAUACUACGCUAUGUAAGAAAUCUGCGUUCGCGUACCCGAUCUCAACAGAAAGAUCGAGCGGAAUCCCUACCAUCAGCAAAUAUCCCACCCAUCAGUUUGACAGAAUUGGUCAAUGCCGAACGUGCAGUUUUGAAACUCGUACAUCUUCAACUCGACAUCUUCAAAGUAAAAGAUACAACAACUCGGUUAGCAAUGCUAGCAGUAUUGCAAAACUGGACCCUAUCCUAG